AUUUGAUUUUGACAUUAGUGAAAAGUAAACAAAUAUUAAAUUGUGCAAUUUCGAUUUUCGAUUUGAUUUUAUCAUCCUUUUUUAUGUAUUUCAGUAUUCAAUAAUAUUUUAAUUAAGUAAUUGCAUUACGCUAAUCAUUAGUGUUACAAUUAAUAAAUCGCGCCAUGUCUUUCAAAACCAAGGAUGUUGUGCUCUCCGAAGAUAGACCAAAAACAUUGCUUUUGCAAAAACAUUCGGACUACUUAGCCGGGUAUGGUUUGAACAAAGAUGAUUACGAGUUUUGUAUGACGGAGUACCUCCGAAUGUCUGGCAUAUACUGGAGUCUCACUGCUAUGGAACUUAUGGACCAGUCGUCAAGAAUGCCCAAAGAAGAUAUAAUAUCAUUCAUAGCAUCAUGUCAAGACAAUGAGAGUGGAGGAAUCUCAGCAAGCAACGGACAUGAUCCUCACAUGUUGUACACUCUAAGUGCUGUUCAGGUUCUGGCUAUGUACGACAGACUGGAUGCCAUUGAUGUUGAAGGAGUAGUCAAAUAUGUUUCUUCCUUACAGCAAGACGAUGGCAGCUUCUUUGGUGAUAUAUGGGGUGAAGUGGACACAAGAUUCUCGUUCUGCGCUGUGAUGUGUCUAUCGCUUCUGCAUCGAAUGGACGCCAUAGAUGUGAGCAAAGCGGUUGAGUUUGUGCUGAGUUGUAUGAACUUUGACGGCGGCUUCGGUUCCAAGCCUGGCUCUGAGAGUCAUGCAGGUUUAAUCUACUGCUGUGUGGGUACACUAUCAAUAUGUAAGCGUAUGGACGCACUAAAAGCAGACGAGCUUGCUUGGUGGUUGUGUGAACGGCAGUUGCCCAGCGGUGGGCUUAACGGCAGGCCUGAGAAACUGCCGGACUUGUGUUAUUCAUGGUGGGUAAUGUCAUCCCUAUCAAUGCUAAACAGGAUACACUGGGUGGACAAGAAAAAUCUAGAACAAUACAUCUUAGCCUGCCAAGAUGCUGAAACAGGGGGUUUCAGUGACCGACCAGGAGAUAUUACCGAUCCCUUCCACACUUUAUUUGGUUUAGCAGGCCUUUCAUUACUUGGCAACACUAGCAUAAAACGGGUAAAUCCCACGUACUGUAUGCCUCAAGAAACUAUAGAUAGAUUAAAUUUGGAACCACAGAUUCUACAAAUAUAACUAAGUACGAAAGUAAAAAAUAAUUAUCACAAUAUACAUAUUUACAGGCACUUGUAGGUAUAUUGAUUUUAGUAGCGUGUAUUUGUUUUGUUACACUAAGCUGUAUAUUUUUUUAAAUAAGCAUGUAAAAACAAAAAUGUUAAUUUUUAAGAAAUGUGAUCCAUUUUUUAAUUGUAUAAAUUAUAAAGCUUAAGGU